AUGACGAUGGUGAUGUUUGCAGCUAAAGACCCGUGUCUGGUGGAUAAUGGCGGCUGCAGUCUGUAUGCGGUCUGUAAGAGGACCCGACCCGGCCGAAGAGACUGCGUCUGUAACAGCGGUUACUCUGGUGAUGGAGUCGUGUGUGUCGAAAUAAAUCCCUGUCUGGAAGGAAACGGCGGCUGCCACUCGUACGCAGAAUGUGUUCAUGUCGGACCAAACAAAACUUCCUGCGUCUGCAGUGAAGGUUACUCAGGUGACGGGCAGAACUGCAUGAUGAUCAACUUGUGUCGAAAGAAAAAUGGCGGCUGUCACGAGUACGCCAGGUGCAACAUGACGGGUCCAGGUGUUCGUACCUGCAGCUGUAUCGGUAACUUUGUGGGAGACGGUCUCGUUUGCAGAGGCACGGUGGGGAAGCAAAUCGUGAGGAGGGGGCUGAGAGACUUUUACCUCGGGCUGAUGAUGGUGGAGGUUUCUCUGAACGGUCGCGGCCCGUUCACCGUCUUCGCUCCGAACACAGACGCCUACGCAGCAGACAAAAACGGUGCCGGCAAGAUGAAACCGUUGUUGUCGGCCAAAUAUAUAGAAAAAGCCGGCGCCGUCCUGCGCAGCCACAUCGUCAUGUGUCACACUCUGGGGCCCGCUGACCUGAGCCGACCUCGGAAUCUGACUUCUCUGUCUGGACUCGUCCUGACGACCAGGUCCACCCAGGACAGCAUCUUCAUCAACCAAGCUACAGUGACGUACAGCGACGGCCCCAGCAUUAACGGGAUCUUUCAUGAGAUCAACAGGAUUCUGUUUCCUCCUACUGAAAAGGAGUCGGAUGUUCCUCUGAACCUGACUGAUGUGGCUGAUCGUCAUGGUUACAAGACCUUCUACAAACUGCUCGAG